AUGGAUUACAGCAUUUUUCCUUCUCACUCAGCUCAAAUGAAUGCAUACUUUUCAGUUUUAGAUUACUUUAACUGGUCUCAAGGACUUGCAAUUACUGGCGAAAAUAACGUAUACAAUAAAAACGAAUUUUUAGAAUAUUCAGCAACUUUUAAUUAUUUAGCUGUAGAGUCAUCAACAAGCAUACAAAAUUUUACUCCGUCCUUUAAAUUGGAACCAAAUUUCUGUUCCAAUUUAAGUGGUUAAUUUUUUUGAACAAAAAUAAAUAAAAUUUUUUUAAAAAUAUAAAAUUGAGCCAAGAUUUUCGAUUUUUUUUUAUAAAGAAUUAAUUAAAAUAGAAUCGAUUCAAUGUGCAAACCUUUAAUUAGCUUUCUAUUAGUACUUACACCAUUAAAAACUAUUUUAUAAAAUUUAGUAAUUUUACCUAUAAAAUUUUUGUAUCAAUUAAAAGUUAGUAAGGCUAUCAAGCCUUUAG